AUGACGGAGCGGUUCGGUGAGGUGGAGGAUGAGCAAUUGUUGUCGCCGAGGAGGGCGGCGGCGGCGCGGCUGCUCAAGUCGCCGGUAUCGGCGUCGGCGGCCGUGCAGCAGAACGCACUUCACUUCCUCGGGUCCAACGACGACCAGCUCGAGCGCGCCCAGGCCCGGGCUGCCCGUGCCGCUGCCAUAAGGCGGAAACCUAUUGUUGCCGUUACCCAUGGCAUCGACACUCACCCGAGAUCGGACGUCCUGGGGAAGGAGCAGAUCACGGAGCUCUUCCACAACUGUAUCAAGCUUGCCAGCGAGAACGUAGCCAGUCUUCUUUUUAUUUUGUAUUUUUCCAGUUUUAUGGUCCCUAAUUUCUUGCUUCUGGUCUGUAAUUACGUUUUAUUGUUCCGGUUCUGUCUGAAUCGCUUUCCGACGAGACAAGUGUUUUCAACGCCGCUUGAUCUUCAGCCCUCGCAUACCCCCUUUGUCUGUAGUAGAAAUUCCUUACUGAAUUCAGUGUUUUCGCCUCCAAAUUUUCUGAUUAUCCUUAUCCCUGAUUCUAGUCCAAAAAUUCUCUUAUCCUCCAGACGCCUCUGUCUUUAUACAUGCCGUUUUUUUAUUCUUAAAAGAUCAAGCUCUUCGAUGAUAAUGCACCUUUCAAAAUUUCCCUCCAACCUUUAAACCUCUUAUGGUAUGUUCUUCUUUCUCAACCGUUUGGUGUUAGGUGCUGCGUUAGAACAGUACCGAAUUUUUAGGGAGAAAAUGAAGCUGUGGUUAAGUACAUGUGCUUGCUGCUUAGCUCCAGCAUAUACAGGGUAUCACACCGCUUGAUGAGUAAUCAUGAAAAACGAAGGGAUCCAAAUUUGUUUUGAGUUGGACUACGCCAUACUUUGAUAUGAUACCAGAACAGGUACAUUGAAUUUUAUCCAUAACCUGAGAGUAUGCUAUGUAUCAUGGGAUCUUAAUGGAUCCACUCCCAUAUCUGGGUGUGCGUAAUCCCUCAUCUUCCCUGAUGAAAGCCAAAAUUUAUAAGGAUUCUUGUGGUCCUGGAGAAUCCAGCUAGAGGAGAAUCAGGAGUGGAGAACUCUCCCACUUUUUCAGCCCAACUCUUUGGUUAAAGAAUUCUGGUUUUGAGAACGACUGGUUGGCAUUUACAUUUUUUGUCUUUCACCCUCUUUUCUAUAUUCCCUUCCAUCAAUCCUCAAGUCCUAUAGUUUUGAUCCAUAGAAUCUGUCCCAUUUUGUUCGUGCUUAAUUAAAUCUUAAUUUGGAUUACUCUUUCUUUAUAUUCCUACCGGUUUAUUAGGGUAUUUGUAUUUCAGUACAACAACUGACCAGUGAAUGCAAUGAUAAAAUGGUCAUGGAUCAACUCUGUUUUCUUCUACAACUGUUUGUGCCGCCAUGAGGCAAUCUGAUUGCCGUGUUUACUGUAAAGAGCAUUGCUUGUGCUGCCAUAUUCUUGUCCGUGAUUCGGGACAAUUCUUACGAUUUCCUCGCCUUUAAUGCCUCUGCAUUUAGUUUCUCCCCACGCUGCCCCUGUUCUCGAACGCAUUGAUCUUAUGGGUUCUCCCUUUGUCCUUUGUUCGUUCUUAUUCUCAUUUCGUUUUUCGUCUGUGUGCAGAAAAUAAAUCAGAAGAACACAUGGGAGCUGAACCUCAUUGACCACCUGAGCGAAAUUAUCAAGGUUGAAUCAGAUGACGAUGCAGAGACCAACUUUCAAAAGGUUCUGGUUCUCCAGUCUUUAAAGCUUCUUCAAUUCUUAUUUCGGUUUAUAAUUUCUUUCCUUAUUUUGGCUUAUAUUUUUUCAUUUGAUGAAGGCAAGCUGCACGUUAGAAGCAGGAGUCAAGAUCUACUCCUUGCGGGUUGAUUCAGUGCAUUCAGAGGCGUAUAAAGUCCUCGGUGGUAUCAACCGUGCAGGGAGAGAUGAUGACAAAGGUCAUACCUUCCCAUUUGAUCUAUGUCGGGCUACUAUGUGUUGUAUUGCUUACAUGAUGUGUUUGAAUAACCGUUCAAUAUAUAUUGGGGGCAAUGGAUAAUCCAAGAAUUUUGAUAAACCAGCCAACUUUUUCCUUCACUUUCUUUUGACAAUGUGAUAUUCUAUAGAUUACGUUGAGAUUAUAAGAAUCGGGUUCCAUUAUUAAGGAAUGUUUAAAUGUACGGGUCAUCUUUAAUGACUUGGUUUGGGUUGGAUGUCUCAGAUGUUUCUCUGAACAAGGAAAGGUUCUGAUUGAUCUGAAAGGGAAAUGCUGGUCAGAUCCUGGUGUUCGUGGGCAUAUAUGUGAAUUAAAGUAGGCUUCUGCGGCACAUUGUUGCAUUCUUUUCCAGAGCCAUCUCCUAGUUCAUGAAUUGGAUUUUGAUGUAGAUACUUCUGAAAAUCUAGAUUUUAAAUUGUGCGUGUAUACUGGAGGCACUAGAUUGAAAAGCUUGCUGCAAGUGCUUUUGGCACUUUAAAUCUUUUGUGGUUUCUCUUUAAUGUGCAGAAGUGGAGGUAUUGCCAUGUUCCGCUUGUGCUUCCUGGGGUUAUUAGAGGGCAUGACGCUGACAUUCCUUGUGUUGGAGGAGAGCUGCGAGAAUCCUGGUGCUUUUAAAAAAUCCUUGGUUGCAUCAGAUUUGUAAAUCAAAACUUUAAAGUGAACACGGUCUCUUUGGAUGUUACAUGGUGUAGACUAGAAUUGCAUACUUGAAACCCAAUUGGUUUUGCUAAAACAGGUAGUCUCCAAAUGGGAGUCUGGACUACUUUCUGAUUGGAUGAAGCAGGCUACUUUUCUAGUGAUUGAGUUGUUGACUAGGGUUCUUAAAGGAAAAGAUGAAGCCUGAUUACCAUAUAAUCUCGAUUCUGUUUCAUUCUAGAUCAGGUUGGUGAGAGCUUUGUGCGACUGCUGAUUCCAAUGUAAGGUGUCAGCUUCAGUAAACUUAAUAUUAUUCAAAUGUAAAAAAAAUCAGGAGAUGAUAAUAUUACAGGGUCUGUGAUGUCAAUUUACGAUUAUGCCUUCUGAAAACUUAGGCGAUUAUAUUCAUCGACUCAAACUACAUUUUGAAACUGUCUAUGAGAAGACAUGCCUGUAGGCAUUCGUUGAUCAUUAAUGACGAAACUUAAUGAUACUUCAUAAUUUUUUAUACAGAAUUGAUGUCUAGGUAUUACACAGGUUCUGGGAAGAAAAUAUUGUACAUAAUUAUAAUUUUUUUUACAUGAAUAGUUUUAUGUUUUUCCUUAUGUUUUACCCAUAUGCAAAAGCUUAUGGCUUUUUUUAUGUUGGUCCCAAUAUUUUAUGUUUUGUACCUUUGAAACUGAUAAUAUCAGAAAAGCUCUGUUCAGAAAAUAUACCAGAAGUUGACAGUAUGGGGAUCAGUCAGGAAGGUAUCCAGAAGAAAGGAACAGACAGAAAGGUGAGCGUUUUUUUUUAGAGCACUCAGAAUUAUUCAUUUUUUCUGUACAAUGUUUGGUUCCGAUGCCAGAUGCGAUUGCAUGCAGGUGUCACCUUUGUCGACUCUGGAAUCUUCAUUUGAUGUUCUUAACGUGAAGAAAUUUGAUGGUAAUUUAUCCAUCUCUCUGUAUAGAAGCAGCUCUCCUAUUUUGCUAAGUUUUUGAUGAUACAUUUAAAAUUCCAGCGGCCUUCACCGUUGAUCCUCUUUAUCAUCAAACAUCUGCAAAGUUUGAUGAAGGUGGAGCUAAAGGUCUCUUGUUGAAUAACCUUGGGGUCUAUGGCGACUGUCAAGUACUUUUCGAUUCAUUGGAGUCGCCCACAAAUGUUACGUGUUCCAAGUCACAGGCUGACAAGUCAGACUUCAUUGACCUUUCCUUCGCCAGAGGUGUGUAUUGUUUUUCUUAAUGUAUAAAUUUUGUUUCUAUAUCCAGUUUAGUAUUAUGUUGGGAUUUCAUGUGUCUUCAUUUCUUUUUCAUAGAUUGCAUUGGACAGAUGAUGACAUCGAUAGCUAUGCAGAGGGAUAUUUCACCAACCUUAAGGGAGAUCAUAAGUCUGUUUAACGAAGAUAAUCGGAGGCCAACAGAUAUUUAUGUAGCAACACAGAGAUCGGACAGGCGAGAUGACAUGGGAGAGAGUAAUAAACAUGACUUUGAGAGUAACGAAAAUGAGGUUGAGGGUAACGAAAAGGGGUUUGAGAGUAACGAGAAUGGGUUUGAAAUUAAUAAAAAUGAGUUUGAGAGUAACACAUUUGAUGACUGUGAGCCUUGUGGUUUUGAUAAUGAUGAACAGGGUAGUGUAGUCGAUGAUUGUUCAUCCUACACGACUGCACAUUUUGCUGGCGAUCCAGAGGUACAACCGCAUUGUCAUUUUCUAUGGUUUACUUUUAUUUAUUUAUUAUGAAUUCAUGUAUUUUAGGUAAACUCUUCUUCCUACAGGAAAACAGUAGCUGCACUUUACUUGAGCAGGAUGCUGAUCCUAAAUUUGAAAGUAUCGCUGGAUUUUUAGCUCUAGGUCUAGGAUUUGCACCGAAAACAAAUGCAUGGGCUGGUCCUGAUCACUGGAAGUAUCGGAAGAUUAAAGGUAGAACUGAACUUAUGCAUGAAAAAUCUCACUAUUUGCUGGUUAGGUGUAUACAGACAUUCAUCUCAGAAUUAAUUUUGCAGUUCCAGAUGAGAUUCCUGCUUCUGCUGGUGAAUCAUUUUUAAUCAAGAGGAAAGUAAAAAAAAAAAAACAAGAAGCGUGUGAUAUUGAUUUUACAAAGGCACUUGAUAAGGAGAUUUCAGACAUCUUUGCUCCUCCUAAAAGUCGACGGUCAAUACUGCUUCCUCCCAACAGAGGUUCGUGCAGUAUUACAUUACCAGAGGAUUGCCAUUAUCAAGCACAGAACCUUGUCAGGUUGCUACUUCGUCCUGAUGUUUUGGUAAGCCAUGAUGCCGCUGAUUCUUGGAUUCCUGCCUCUGUUUUGUGUUGAGUGACAGCGAAUGUCUUCAUCUGUGCAGUGCCUCGGAAAGAAACUGAGGAAAUCUGCUGGUAAGUUAAGUUGACUACUUUUUAAAAACUUAUGAUUUAUAAUACCUAUUAUGGAAUCCUGCUGAUGUUGGUUCAUUUCGUUUACUUUUCUUAAUGAUAUGUAAGACUGAUCAGAAGUCAUUUUUUCCCUCUUAAGAAAUUUGGUGUCCCUCCACUUCGCUUAGUCACAUAAAACAGUCUAUUCCUUUAGGCUCCUGUACGUGAUUUCUACAAUCUUUAUUUUACUUUUAAAACGUUAACAUUGAUUUUUUUAAUGAAUUCAUACAGUUACAUUAGUUGUAGUAUUUUCUGGUGUUAAGGAAUGGAAAAGUAGGCAUUAUUUGAUUAGAGAUGUGAUUUGAUUAUGCCUUGAUGGACUGAGAGAUAAGUAUUGGUACCUUCCCUUCGCGAUAAUUUUCUAAUUCCAAAAUAUUGCAAGCAGCACUCCAGUGGAUUUCCCGUCGAUCCUAGGUUUAUUUGCGUUGAGACUUUUCUAUUUUGAUUUAACGUCCUCGUCUUCCGUUCUUACUUCACAUGAUGUAUAAUUUUUGGCAGCGUAGUAACCACUUUUUACCUUUCCAUUUGCCUGUACUUUUCCUUAUUCCCCUUCUGUCGACAUGUGAGUUCUGUUUCUUAUCUACAUUGCUCCCUUUACUGCUAUGGAAAAUUGAUGUAGUCGUCAAUCAAAUCUUUAACCAUUGCCUAGUACAUAUGUUAACCUUUCUUGUCGGUAAUUAAUUUUUUUCAUUGUCUCCGUGUUUUUUUUCUGAUAUUCAGAACUAAAACUAUCUUCAAUUCUGUUAUUAGGCAUGAACUAGUCUGCAGUUAGUGAGGAAUGUCUGACAACCCAGUUGUUAUCUUUUUUUUUUCUUUUUAGACGAAUCGUCGCAACGGAGCCAGCCCUAUGAAUUAGCAACAUCUUGGGACAAUGAGAGUGUUGCAAACGAUUACUAUGAUGAUGAAAAUAUGCUUAAUGAUUUUGGUGAACCAGGAAGUCUUGUUUCUCAGCCACGUCAGGUUUGUUUGGUUGCGUUGUCCCCUGUCAUCGCUUUGCUUUGAUCUUGCCUAUUAUUCUCUUAUAUUUAUGAGUCAUCUUGGUUUAUUUGCCUGAGCAUGCGAGAUGACUCAAAGCUUCCGUCCAAGUAUAGAAAAGGAAACUAUACUGGGAAGACGGUAUGGGUGACUCUGGUUCAAGUUUCGGAGUUUUGAGAAUUAUUCUGAAUUCGAAUUUACAUGGCACUGAUUGGCCUAUCUUUUCCUCGUACGUUUUGGUUAACGUCAUGCCCUUGGUUUAAGCAUUCCACUUAUGAAUUUGCUAAUUGGAUGCUUUGAAAUGACGGUCCGACAUGGUUGAUCAGAGUAAUUUCUUCAUCGUUCUCAUGACUGUGUUCUUCUAGUCUUUUCCUUCGCAUGAGAUGAACCUUGCCUAGGUAUUGGCUAUCUUUGGCACUUUUCCAUGUGUCCACGUUCCAUUUUUGAAUGACUGCAGGUGAACAAAAUUGAGGUUCGGUACGACAAGUCCUCCAAACAAGUGGAUGUCCACGCAUUGAAAGAUACACUGUGGUGCAUUAUAAAAGACUCUAAAAGACCGGCAGAGACGGUGAGUUAAAUCAACCCUUCUUUCUGCAUGUAUAUAUAUAUAUAUAUAUAUAUAUAUCUAUCUAUCUGUCUAUCUCUAGAGAGAGAGAGAGAGAAAGAGAGAGAGAGAGAGAGAGAGAGAGAGAGGGAGAGAGAUAGGAAGGUGUACAUCAGAAGGCCUAUAUGGGCUUAAUGGGUCCAUGUUGUAAAUGAUCCCCUUGCUAAGCAAAAAGCUCUUGGAAAGACUGCCUUGAAAUUCAUGCUUUACUUUCCUUGGUGAUGCUUGUGAAAUUCAUGCUUAAUUGGGGUUGAGGCUGGCCUGCCGAAUCCAUACAAGGGCAUUGCCCUUCGAGUCGAAAUGUUCCAACUUCUUUGGGGCUUUGUUUCUCUUCUCUCCCGGUUUUAGAGGUGACGACUCUCUAAUUUUUUGUAUGCAGGAGCAGCGGGUGGAGGACGCCGUGGCUGUGUCCUUCAGGCAGGUGCUGGGAUGCUUCUCGGAGAACUGCUCCGGCGCCUACGCCAAGGACGUCUCCCCACACCUCUCCUUCAUCUGCCUGCUCCACCUCGCCAACGAGCACAGCCUCACCAUCCGUGGAACCCCCUCCCUCGAUGAGCUCGAGAUCUCCCUUCCUCCCACGAAAACCUCCGCCUCCGCCGCCGCCGCUGGAUGA